AUGGAUGACUUUAUGGAAUUCAAUCGAGUAUAUGCUUCAUACUUUGGGACAUCUCCUCCUGCAAGAGCGUGUGUAGCUGUCACCAUGCCCCCUUCACAAAAAGUUACUUUAGAUGCUCUGGCAUGCAGGGAAAUAUCAGCGAGAUCGAAAUCUUCAUUACAUGUUCAGGGCCUUAGCUACUGGGCACCAGCGAAUAUCGGUCCGUAUUCUCAGGCUGUAUCAGUAA